CUAGGCCUGUUGCUCUGUGGCCUCCCACGGUGGGUUGAUGUGUGCGCAUGAUCUGAUCACAAGGCGCUCGUGAGCUUGACAGUCGCAGUGAGUUGGCACUGAGAGAGAGACAGAGAAAGGAGAAGAGUAGAGUCUUGGGAGGACGGACUUUAUGCAGUACAAAACUAUAACGAAUCUGUUAGAACUCUGUCAGAAAUGCAUUGUUUAAGAGAUUUACGCGCGACUUUUAGGAGCUUUGGGAAUUAAAACGAGACAUUCGCGCGCGCGCGCUCUUUGUGGUUCAGAACGCUGGACAGCGCACUCAUCUUGCGCUUCAUUACACUUUUUUGGAGUUGAUGUAUACACUUUUAUAAGAAGAUCAAGACGGACAAACUCAUGAGGAAUCAUGGAUGUAACGAAGUGUUUUCGAUCACCGGGCUUGGGCGCACCUCAACGAGACUUCUGAAGUGAGACAUGGACUUAGCGGAGAUCCUGCUCGCACUUUUUAUCGUCGUGGUCGCGACGGUCUCCUUGUUGUCCAACUUGCUGGUUUUGCUAUGUUUCGCGCACAGCAGCGAGAUACGCAGGCAGGUGCCGGGCAUAUUCACGACGAACUUGUCCUUUUGCAACCUGCUCAUAACCGUACUGAACAUGCCGUCCACGUUGGUCGGGAUCGUAAAGGACCAGCAGCCUUUCGGGGACUGCCUGUGUCGCGCGGUCAGCUUCCUCGACACGUUUCUGACGGCCAACGCGAUGCUAAGCAUGGCGGCGCUCAGCAUCGACCGCUGGAUCGCCGUGGUCUUCCCGCUGAGCUACUCGAGCAAGAUGCGGUGCAGGGACGCGCUGCUGAUGGUGUGCUACGCGUGGCUCCACUCGCUCGCCUUCUCCGUGGUGGCGCUGCUGCGCUCCUGGCUCGACUACAGCCGCGCGUACGCGUCCUGCACCUUGCGCCUGAACGCCGAGAGCUCCCGCACAGACUUCGCCGCCUUCACCGUGGCCUUCCACGGCGCCAGCUUUAUGCUCUCGCUGCUCGUGUUGUGCGUGACUUACUUAAAAGUGCUCAAAGUCGCACGCUUUCAUUGCAAAAGGAUCGACAUCAUAACCAUGCAGACGCUCUUCUUGCUUGUUGAUAUACACCCAAGCGUUAAACAGCGUUGUUUGGCCGAGCAAAAGAGGAGGAAACAGCGCGCAACGAAGAAAAUCAGUAUAUUUAUUGGAUCAUUUAUUAUUUGUUUCGCCCCAUAUGUCAUAACCAGGCUGACAGAGCUUCUUCCCUUUGUGGAUAUCAACCGAUACUGGGGUAUCAUCAGCAAGUGCUUAACAUACAGCAAGGCAGCUUCAGAUCCCUUUGCAUAUUCUCUCUUGCGCCAACAGUACAAGAAAGUACUUGUAACAGUGGCCAAUCGCCUAUUGAAACGUGACUUACAUCCUUCCUCUGGACACAACAGCUCACUGGACACAGAAAAUGACUACUGUCUCCAAAGAAUCAGCUAAUGGCAUUUUCCUAACACUGCAACAAGCAAAAAUCCUAAUGCUUAGAUGUAUAAGGGUGAUAGACAAAAAGUGGGAAAGUGAGAAAUAGAGGGAGAGAGAGAGAAAGAGAGAGAGAGAGUUCUAAUGAUUAUCACUUAGAUGUAGAUGGAGAUGGUAAUUGUUUGAUGCACACGUAGAUUUAUGGACCAGACAGCAGUGAUAAAUGUGGACAAAGGCGAUAUGUGACUAAGUGGCCAUGUGCUGUUCACAAUACGUGCACGUGCACGUGCACACACACACACACACACACACACACACACACACACACAUACAUACAUACACAUACACAUACACAUGCACACACACACACACACACACACAUCAAAGACAUCAGAAGACGAUAAUUGAACCUCAGCAGACAUACAGACACUGCUGCUCCAUCAUCUGCAAUGUGUGUGUUUUCUUUUCAAGUUUUUUUCCCCCAAGAUUAUUAAACAUUAUUCAGUGGAAGGUGUCAUGUGAUAUGAUCUAUUCUGAACUAUGUGCCAUGCGCAUGCAUGCACAGUGUGUUAAUGGCAUUGCUGAACCUCUCAUGAUGGAUAAAAUGUGUUAUCUUCAUUAUCAUGUUUCUACUGAUAGGCAGCCAGGUUAUUUAUAUAUUAUGAAAUGGCUCUUGUUCUUAAUUUAGUGUGACUUUAUUAUUAAUUCAAUCAUUUAUAAACCCAGAUCAGUCACUGGAAAAUACUGCACUUUGCUCUUACAAAUUAUUAUUUGUAACUCUUAGUUACCAAACAGCCAAAGUCGAAUAUCACACUAUAGUACCUAGAACAGGUUGUAACUGAAUGUAUUAGAUUCUUUUUACAGCAGCAUAUUGUGCACAUUGUGUUUCUACAAGUAAACAUAGUGUAUAUAUGUUGCACAAUAUAAAGUAAUUUAUAAUGUAAAUUAUGUUGUUUUAUUUAGUAAGGCAGGUUUGUGGUAUUGGGAGUUGUGAAAUGAACUUAUGAAAUGAUAAUGAAGUGCUUUAUACAGCCAUAUUUGUGUUGGUUUUGUUAUACAUGUACUGUUUUGUGAACAUGGUGAAGAAAGGAAAAUAUAGAUGAAGCUAAAUUAAGCUGUGUAGUAUUUUACGUUAAUGCC